AUGGACCCUAUACAACGGGAUCCUAUACAGCGGGAUCCUAUACAACGGGACCUUAUACAACGGGACCUUUCUCUGAAACAAAACAUCGAUCGACUUCACACCCUGGCUAAAUACAAGACGCUCUUCGAUGACAAGUCCAGAGACAUUGACCUCAUGACUCACAGGAUCAAAAAUACGUUGCAAGAUAUAAGUACGAAGAUAGACGAGCUGGAGCGUGAGGGUUUAUCCGGAUAUUCCGACGUCCCGUUAACGAGGGAUGGGAGCAGCCACCGGCAGACGCUUGUCGCCGUUUUACGGGGUCAAAUGAUGGAGGGUACACGGGAGUUUACGGCAGCUUUGCAAACCCGACGGCGAACUCUGGAGAUCUUGGAGGCACGGAAAGGCAUCUACGUCAAGGACACGAGCAACUUUGACAUCGAAGCUCAACACGAUGAUAUUCUGGAAGUCAGUGCUGGACGGCGGGGAGGUAUGGUGACAACCAUGCAAACCUACCACCAGUCCAGGUCAGAAGCCGUGGAACAGCUACAAAGGUUAAUUGGGGAAGUUUCAACUAUGUUCUCCAGGGUAGCUGGAAUGGUCAGCCAACAGGAAGAAAUGGUCCUUAGGAUUGACGCAACCAUGGAUGACUCUCUCAUCAGAUUAAGGGAAGGACAGGAGCAAUUACUCAAGUACUUUAGUUCCAUCAAAAACCAUCGUAAACUCAUACUCCAACUGUUGGGUAUGUUGACAUGUUUCGCAAUGUUCUUCAUUGUGUUCCUGGCUUAG